AUGGAACCCGAUGCCUUGGUCCCCUCAGCUCUAGCCUUUGUCCGGCGUUGCCGAUGCACCUGGACAAGAGGUAGAAGGAUGCUGGCUCAAUCCGUACGCCGAACCAAGACCAUGGCCAACCGCCACCGGUCCUCUCCUCCUACCUAUGUGUGUGGUCAACGUGUAUGGCUCUCUACCAAGGACUUGCCUCUCCAGGCGCCUUCCCGCAAGCUGGCUCCCAAGGUUAAGCCUUUCUCCUCUUCCCGUCUCAACCCUGCCAAUACCAUCCCUCACCCCCUCCCCCUGUGGACGGGUCCCCGACCUACAUGGUCAGGAAGCUGCUUGACGUAUGUUGCUGCGGCAGAGGAUUCCAGUACUUGGUGGACUGAGAGGGCUAUGGUGCAGAGGAGAGGUGUUGGGUGCCGUCUCGCGAUGUUCUGGACUGGCGACGAGGUGAGCCCCCUUCCUAGUUGCCCUGUGGCGCCUCUGGGGGAGCUGGAUCUUUCAGGAAACAACCCUGGGGAAUCAGGAGUGAAUAUGCUUAUUGAUUUACUAAAGAAGCCAGAUUGCAAACUGAAAACACUCAGAUAUUUGAAAAGUCCUGCUGCAGAAGAGGCGUGUAAAUAUCUGACUGAAGUUUUGGGUGAAAACCCCUUAUUGCUAAAAGAACUGGAUCUAAGUCGCAACGAAUUAGGAGGCCUGGAUGUAGAGAAGCUUUCAGCUCUUUUGAUCGACUCGCAUACCAGGCUGGAGAAAAUUAGGUUGAACAAUUGUGACCUGACAGAGAAAAACUGUUCAGCUUUAGCUGCUGUUCUGUCUUCCAACACCAUUCUGAAAGAGAUGGACCUGAGCAACAACCGUCUGCUGGAUUCAGGAGUAAAACAGCUCUGUAAUGAACUGAAGAAAUCUAAGCUGCAGAUACUGAAACUUCCAAACUGCAGUAUUACAGAAGAAGGUUACAAAAGUUUGGCUUCAGCACUGGAGUCAAACCCCUCACACCUGACAGAGCUGGAUCUCACAGGAAAUGAUCCUGGAGAAUCAGGAGUGAAGAACCUCAUUGAUGUCCUGCAGAGAAGCCUAUCAGUAUGUGAUGAAAGACAACAAAACCCUUUACUCCUGAAAGAGCUGAAUCUGAGUACAAAGAAACUAGAUGACACAAAAGUGAAGCAGCUGGCUGCCCUUCUGGAAGAUAAGCACUGUAAACUAAAGACACUUCUGUUGAGUGAUUGUGGUCUAACCGAAAGAAGCUGCUCAACUUUAGCUACCGUUCUAUCAAACACCAGUCUGAAAGAGCUGGACAUAAGCAACAAUAAUUUGCUUGAUUCAGGAGUGGAGAAACUACAGAUUGGAUUAAAAAAUACUAACUGCAAACUAGAGAAACUAAGAAUGUCAACAUGCAGUAUUACAGAAGCAGGUUAUAACAGUUUGGCUUUAGCUCUGGAGUUAAACCCCUCACACCUGACAGAGCUGGAUCUUACAGGAAAUGAUCCUGGAGAAUCAGGAGUGAAGAAGCUCAUCGAUGUACCAAAGAAAUCAAACUGUACACUGAGGUUUUUGGAAGGUCCUGCAGAGGAAGCCUGUCGGUAUUUUAAGAAAGUUCUCAAUGAAAACCCUUUACUCAUGAGAGAGCUGAAUCUGAGUAAAAAAAAAGUUGGGAACACAUCAGUGAAUCGGUUAGCCGCCCUACUGAGGGAUAAGCACUGUAAACUAAAGAAGAUUCAGCUUUGUGGAUGCAGCAUUACAGUAAAACAAUGUGAAAUCCUGACUGCAGCUCUGCGUUCAAACCCUUCAUACCUCAGAGAACUGAGCCUCAGUAAUAAUAAAAUAAAAAAUGGAGGAAAGCACAUAGGUGAUCUACUAAAAGAUCCAAACUGCAAACUGGAGAAUUUGGAGUUAAGAAACUGCAGUUUAAUUGAUGAAGAUUACUCAUCUCUGAUUUCAUCAAGCCUGAAACGGCUAUACCUGAGUGGAAAUGAACUAGGAGACGCAGGAGUUAAAAACCUCUGUGUUCUACUAAGGAGUUCACAAACUAAGCUAGAAACACUAGAGCUUUGUGGAUGCAGCAUUACAGGGAAACAAUGUGCCGACCUGUCUGCAGCUCUGCGUUCAAACCUUUCAUAUCUGAGAGAACUGAACCUCAGUGGAAAUGCAAUAAAAGAUGGAGUGAGAGACUUAUUUGAACUACUAAAUUAUUCAGACUGCAAACUGGAGAAACUGGAACUUUGCAACUGCAGUAUUACAAACAAACACUGUGAAAUCCUAGUUUUGUCUUCAAAACAUUCAUCCCUGAGAGAGCUGAACCUCAGUGAAAAUGAACUAAAAAAUAAAGGACUGGGGUACUUAUGUGAUAUACUGAAUAACUCACACUGCAAACUGGAGAAGUUGAGCCUAAAUGAUUGUAAAAUUAAAGAUGUUGGUUUGUUGGCUACAUCAAAAGCAAUGUCUGUAUUAAAGGAACUUGAUCUAAGUAACAAUAACAUAGAAGUCUCAUCAAAGAAGCAGCUAACUGAAGUGUUUGAAAGAUCAAGCUGUAACCUAAGACUUGACAGUGGAAACUGGUUAAAAAAAUUGUUUACUAAAAGUGAACAUGAGAAAUCUGAGAAGUCAUUAGAGGAAGACAAAAGGGUGGACGAUGAAUCAUGGGGAAAUCUCUGUAUUUCUGAAGUGUAACAGAGGAAUCAGACUGAUUGCGUCGAUUAGGAGAAAAAUUGAGUUUAGAUCUAAAAGGGUUGCUCACAGUAAUGCCACAGAGCAGCCUUUUUUUGGUUCUCCAAGGAACUUUUUAAGUUCUUUAAAGCUUUAAAGUACCAUUUCUUAAUUAUCUUUUGUGGACGGUUUCAGUAGCAACAACAUAAACAAACUGCUUUCAUGGCCCAAAAUUAACUUCCGGUAGACUAGAAGUCCCUCUAGAGCAGAUUAUUUCUGAUAACAAGCUAAGUAAAUAUAAAGUAAAUAACCUUAGUUCAAGUCAUAGCUAAAGCGUAUCAACCAUUACACUGAGCUAACCUUACAGUUUUAAAUGUAUGUAUGCAAUGCUAGCUACACAUUGGCUGCCUAACCUCUCUUUGCACAGCAGUGAUCCAUGCUCGCCAUUUUUCCUCGUUUUUAGGAAACCAAAAGGUUUUUAUGAAAGGUAUUUGUUUUGAUUUACCCACUAGUCAGACCAUUAAACAAACACAGACCUGAAGUUACUUUGGGCCAAGCAAGUAAUCUCGACAAUGUGUGUGCAUGAAACAGUGUAUAGUCUGAAGAACCUUUUACCACAACUAAGAACGUUUUAAAAUUACAUAAAGGUUCUGUGGAUGUUUAAGGUUCCUACUGAAACCAUACAGCCUGGCCAUUUAUUUUUAUUUUCUUAACCCUUUAAUAGUGCAGUAUAAGGCCUUUUUUACCGACAGCCAUUAGAUUUUACAACCAGUGCCAUUCAAGGUAGUAAAUUGAUUGUGUAUUGAUGUGGAAUGUGUACCUUAUGCUUGAAACUAAACCAGUGUGGUGUGGUAUAAUGUAGUUGCUCAGGUCAUUGUGUACAAACUGUUGUAAUUGUUUUGAAAUUUUAUUUUUUUUGUAUUUUUAUACUAUUUAUUAUUGUGUUUUUUGUAAAUUUCCCUUUGGGGAUUAAUAAAGUU